UUUUUUCAAUGUUGCGGUACUUAUUGUUUGCUAUAUGCAAUGUGUUAGUGUCACCUACAUCGUUAUCUUGCAUUCUUCCAGAGAAUAUGAUAUUAGAAUCUAUGACGGCUUACCAAAUCAAUUUCGAGUUAUCAAUGAUACACCAUGCAAGCUGAAUUUUUCCUCUGUGUAACUCAACAUUGACCCUACGAUGUCGAGUCAUCAUUCACUUAGCCCGCGGAAAAGCUGUAGUAACCAAAGCCAACCUGAUAGUAGAAGGCAUGAACAUUCAUGUAAUUCAGUGAUUAUCGGUGUAUCCACUAGCAGCGAAAUUAGUAGUAGUCAUAAUUCAGAACCCGAAAUUAUUGAAGAUAAACCUCCUAGUCCUUUGUCACUUCAACAAGAUGGUGUUUUCUCUUUAGUUCAAAGCCCACCUUUUGAAAACGAUCAGUUGGAUUCUGCUUCUCCCGAAAAUCUGUUUUUGAAUCUACUUAUUGACUCAAACAAUCAAACAUUAAUCAACCUACCCGAAAUUGAUUCCACUGUUGCUGACCAAAAACGCGAACUUGCCCCUUUCACAAAUGUACGUAAUCCUGAUCUGCAAAAUAUGACUCCAUCAGAAAGAGCAAACUCAGUCUCUGGUGAUAUAUCAAAUCCAAACUGUUCAGAUGUAGCGGGAAGUUUUCGAAAGCCGAAAUACAGUCUACGUGAUAGCGUUUCACAACAACCCAUUACAGAUUACAUCUCUGCCUCAACUAUUGGAAGCUCAGACCCUGUUUUUUCUUUGACAACCAGAGAAACUAACUUAUCAUUAAUAGCAUCCAGGAAGAGUGUAAAAGAACUUUAUGGACAACCAAGCUGGUGGGGUGAUGGUGAUAGCGACUAUUCCUAUCCACAUACCUCUUCUUUUGGAAAUAAAGAAACUGUGCAUCCUGUUAUCGCUUCACGCAAAUACAGUAUGAAAACGGAUAUUAAUUUAACAUCUAAGGAAAAUUCUACUCGACCCCCUGCUGAAGCAUUUGUUAUAGAUUUUAGUUCUUCGAAACCUCGUUUGGAAAGACCUGCAUCAAUAUCUGGUAGUCUUAGCCAAUGUGUUCCUCUGAAGCUUCGUCAAGGUUUAGAUGAAAGGGAAAGGAAGAAAAAGGAGAAACAAUUAGAAGUUAGAAAACAAUCUACAUCCGGAAUAGUAAAUAAAGUACCUCCAGAAGAACCCUUCCACGGUGUGGGCAACCGGGAAGUGAUAACCGCCCUCAUACCUCUAACAGCACCCAAGACCACAAGACUUUUCAUGAAUACAGUGACUACCAUGUCAAAUUUGAAAUCCAGUACUACAACAAUACAAAGCAAGACAAAUAUGAAUGAAAUUCAGAAGAUCCGUUCUCGUGGUGCAUCAUUAUCUGCUAAAGGUUCUACAGUACGUACUUCAAACACCACCAGCAGUGUCACCGCCACAACGACUACUACUUCUGGGAGGUCAUCCAGUACAACCAUAAACAAGAAACCUCAAGUCAUUGUGACGAAAUUAGACAAGCGAAUAACUAGUAAACCUGACCCAUCGUUACGUACAAGACGGAUAGAUUGUACAACAAAUCUCACUUCUAGUAGUACAAAUGCUUCAAGAUCUAAUCUUACUGAUCGUUCUAGAGGAAGAUUAUUUAAUCAAACUAACAUUAAAGCACCUACACAAUCGAACAGAACAAAUGUUAAACCUCCAUUCUCGGUUGGUGGACGUCGAAUUUCCGCCGGUGCUGCAUCACUAACAAGUCAACGUACAGCUCCUAGCCAAUUAAAUCGAUCCAAAGUUUCAGUGGUAACACGUGGUUCAGUACACUUGUCUACUACAGGUUUAACAGAUUCUCGUUCUAAUCUACGUGGGGCAUCGUCUGCAACUAGACACUCGACUGUACAACAUCGUGGUGUUAAUCGUAGCUUUAUGACACCGACAACAAGUUCCGAUGCAAAACAAGUAAAAACAAGAGAAUCUAUUCGUUCAAUGCCAAAUGAAAGUCCAAUCUCUUCAUCGCCUAAAUGUGAUUCUCGUCGAACCUAUGAAUCACCUAUAGGGAAUAGUGCUAAAAAACCCAUAACAAGUACAUUUUUACGUCGUGGUACUACUCAAGGACGUGUUGGAAUCUGUCGUAAAUCAUCUACUGAUAAUAUUAAUCAAUACUCGAGCACUAAUAAAUCUUCAUCAUGUGUUUCUGAUCGAAUAGCAUCUGUAGUUUCUACCAUUGAAGCUUACGAUGAUCCAAAAGCUUAUUUAUUUUAUCGAAUGUUUCAAGGUGUAGAAGAAAUUGAAACAACAACGACUGAUGGUAUAUUUCAAGCAUUUUCACCAUAUUCAUCAGUGGACUUUCAAAAGCACUUUUCAUCUGAAUUCAAUGAUACAAAUGAACAAUUAGAUUAUCAUUUACAUAGUUAUGGUAUCGAUGAAAAAUUUCAAAAUUUUCAAACUAAUUCGAAUAUACAAAAUAAAUAUUCUGCGUUACUUUCGAUUGAUGAUGAAGAAACACCCUAUCAAAAUCUUCCUUCUCAUCGUUCCGAUUUAACAACCAUAUCAACUUCAAACAGUAGGACAUUAGCAACAAAAACUCCAAUGUAUUUAUCGAAACGUUAUACAAAUGAAAUCCCGACAGAUCAAGCUCAAAAUAUCGUUAAAUCUUCAACUGUAUCCAAUAGUAAAAUUAACUGUACAAUACACGAGAAUGAUGAUGCAACAAUGGAUCCAACAUUAAAAUCAAUGAACCUAUCCAUGUUUGUUAGUACUUCUGUCAUUAGUUUAACACCAAGUCAAACAGGAACUUAUGUAAUUGAUGGCGGCGAUGGUAUUGAUGAUGAUAAUGAAGAUAAUAUUAAUAAUACAAAUCAAGAUUUCUUACAGCAUUCCGAUGAGCAAAAUAUUCAUUUAUCUAAAGAUAAUGACUUAUUAACACCUCGUGGAAGUCCUAUAGGAGAUAUUACGGCAGCGGGUGAAGUACUGAAUCGUCAGUCUACCAAUCAUUUGUCGAAUAAUCAACAAACAAAACAAUUGCAACAGUUUGCAAAAGAUUUUGAGAACUCCAUGUUAUCUGUUGAACAUGUACAAACACAUACAGCGCAUCAUCAAUAUUCUGGGAAUAAACGAUUGAAUGAUUCCAUUUCUACAGUAGAUUUAACUAAAACUUCAUCAAUUGAGAAACCUUUAUGCAUAACUAGUUCAACUGUAUGUCUUACUGAAACUCAUGACAAUACACUACAGGAUUCUAAAAAUAAAAAAGAUGUUUUAUCACGUGUAAUCGAUAACUUAGAAGAUUCUGAUCAUGUUGGGACCUCGUUAACUAGUUUAACACCAAGUCACACAGGUACUUAUAUUCUUGAUAUAGAUGAUACAUUAAUUGCACAAGGUGUCCUACCUGUCAUUAUUCGUAGCCAUGAAACUUUAGCUUCUUCAGUAACAACAAUCGAUUCUGGUCUAAAUGUUGAAUCAGCGAUGAAUACACAUGGCGUCAUUGUAGAAAAUAUUACACCCAGAGGUAGUCCCAUUUCAAAAGAGAAAUUAUGGCAUAUUGCAGAAAAUGAUAAUGAUGAUGAAGGUAGAGACAAAGACCUGGUGCUGGUCACAUCUAAUCAAAGCGGUAGACCGUACAAUAUUCCAUUUCAUAAUUGUGAUAACGAAUUAACUGGACAAUUUACAAUCGAGUCGUUAAGAGCUGAAUUUGAAGAUACGUAUAAAUUACUCCCAUCACCUAAUCAAUUUGUUGAUGGUACUGAUAGUAGUGGUAACAGUAUGAAUAUUGUGGAAUCAUCAAUACCGCAAUCUGAAUCUCAUAGAUCACAAAUGAAAACAAUUAAUCCACAUUUUGUACAAGGGAAAGAAUCUAAUCGAAUAAUUCCCUUAGUGAAUCCUUCAAAUGUUACAUUACAACAUAGAAAUUAUUUUGUUAAACCUAAAUCAAUCAAUUCUACUGAAUUAUUAGUAUCAAAUAAUCUUCAAAAUGAUUUAAUUAUGAAACAAAAUCUUAUUCACAAUACAUAUACACAUAAUAAUGAAAAAUAUUCUAGUGUUCAUAUUCCACCAAAUGAUGGAGUUUCUCUUCCAACAACGGUUAGUCUGAAAUUGCCUGAUAGUUCUUCUUCAUCAAACAAUUCAUCUACAUCAUCUUCAUGUUCAAAUCAUAUUUUGAAGUACAACAGAGAAUUAACUGAUGAAUUAGAUCUAAACAACCAGAACAUUGAACGUUUUGAUUUAAUGCAUAAUUUAAAUAACGAAAAUAAUAACAACUUGAAUGAACAUAAUUUCGCUCAUAAUACUUAUAUAAAACGAAGAAAUUCCGAAAACUAUGAACAUUCAAAACUUUUGUAUAAUAAUAAUAAUGCCAUUCCAUCUACAACUGGGAAUCAAUUAUUCAAUGUAUCUGAGACUAUUGGAAAUCAUUGUCAUAUAACAAUUAGCAAACGUCGAGAUAAUGCAACAAUUACAAAUUUACAGUCAAUAAAUAACAAUAGUAAUUGUACAAAAAUAACAUCUACUACACCAUUUUCAUCAUCAUUUCGUGAUUCAAAUACUAUGAAUCAAUUAUUAACAAGACUGAAUUCUAUACCUACUACUCACUAUUCUCGACCUGAUCAAUCCCGAAAUGUAAUUCGUACACAUUCAUGCAGUCGUGGAAAAUCUCGAUAUUACUCACAUGGAUCAGCAUCUGUACCAGAUCCAGCAUCUCCUGUUCGUUCAUGGUCAUCUAUAUCUUCCGGAAAUGAGCACAGUUUAACAAAUCGAAUUGUUUGUAAAUCCCGUAAACAAUUGAAUGAUCAAACUGAUUCCGGUUUUGUUGAAACCAGUUAUUUAAUGAAAACAUUGAAUACAAACAAGCCGUUGCCACAGAACUCCAGUUCAACAUACCUAGAAAAGAAAUCUGAUCAUUUCCACAAUUCAUAUGAUUAUAGUCGUACAACAAAUUUAUCACAAUAUAAUGAAGAUAUAAAAUCUAAAAAAUCAAGUGAAAUCGAUUCACGAACAUAUACACGUCGAAAGCAUUCUCGUUCUAAUGAUCAGAAUGAUCCACAGAAAUAUUUGACUACGUUAGAUGCUGAAUCUUAUCAAACUUGGGUAGCUCGAAUGUCCGAACUUGCUCAAGGUCUUAAUAGUCUAGCUAAAGAACCGCUAUUUCAAUCUGAUGGAAGUUGUAGUGAAGAGAAUAAAAAUGAAUUUGAACCAAUAAACAAAUUGUAUCCAGAUGUUGGAACAAUUAAUUUACCAUUAAUAAAUGAUAAUACACAAACUAUACCUACAUUACCAGAUAGUACUACAGAUCCAGGUCUAUCUGAAAUUGUUGAAUGUUCCGCUUUCACUACACCAUUACCUCAUCAUACAUUAGAAACAAUGUUGUCAGUUGCUCCGGAAAAUUUAUCAAAUUUUCAAAAAUUUUCUCAAACUAUUUUAAAUCGUAAUAAUACUAAGAAAGUAUAUCUUCCUAUUAUACAAAAUGGUACAGAUGAAAAAUUUACUGAUUUCAUUCUUUCAUCUCAAUCAUUCCAAUUAAAUCCAAAUUUUGAUCCGGAUAGUUCUGAUCCAAAUGAAUCUGCUAUUUACUAUUCACUUAUGGUCGAUACAAUCCGGUAUCUGUCUAUAAAACUACGUCAAUUCUCUGAUAAAUUAGCCUAUCGAUUAAGUCAUAAUCAACAACAAACUAACGCGAGUGGAAGUAAUACUACUGAAUUAAAUAGUCGUUUUGUAUCUACACAACAGAAUCGAGAUGAUGUACAAUCAUCAACAAAAUAUGCCUUACAUGAUACAUUUGAAAAUAUGAAAGCAGUUAAUCAACAACUUCAAGUGGUUGGCAAAUUGUUGUUUUCCAAAAAUAAUGAUAAUACUAUGAAUGAGUUAAAUCAAAUAGACAACGCUACAAGUUGUGAAUAUCUACAUAAAUUGGAACAAUUUAAUCAAGAAUUGUAUCGUUUUAUACCAAUUGAACCGGCAAAUAUUCAUCAUAAUCAUAACAACAUUAAUACUACUACAACUAAUGAUAAAUUUAUUCAAAUCCCAAAUACAAAUAUACAAUCAGUAUUAACUGAUGAACAACAAUUAAAUGUUGACAGUAAAUCUAUGAAUGUUAGUACCAAUCAAGUAAUGAUGAAUACAACUUCUGCGUUGAAUACACAAUUCACAACCGAUGACAAUACUAAUACUAUUAAUAGUAAUAAUAAUAAUAAUAGUACAUCUACACAUCUUUCUCAUCCUUUCACUUCUAUGACUACCACUACUACUACUACCAUUACUACUGUACACUCAUCCAAUGUUCAUGUUAUCCCUUUAACUGGAAAGUCAAAUGAUAUGAUCAAUAAACAAGAGUUAUUAGAAGAUGAAUACUACUAAUCAUAUGAGUAAUAAAUAGUAUUAUUGGUAGUAAUAGACCACAGUUAAAUAUUGUAUUAUCACCUCUGUUUUUUUUUGUGUGUUUCAUUAUUUCUUCCUUUCUUUCUUUUUGUGCAUGUGAGCUUUAUGCAAUCACGAACAACAACAAAAAACGAAUAAAUCCGGUGUAUAUAUGAUGUGCAAUAUUAUGCAAUUGAUGAUGAAUCCAUUAAUUAUAUUUAUUUAUAAUUUGCUUCUUUUUCAUGUAUUGUCAUUUAUUUUUUAUUAUUUUGCUUUAUUAUUUUCAAUUAUUAGAAAUAUUUAUCAAGUAUAUUCAUUGUAAGCUUAAGAAGUUUCUUUUCCCUCUCAAUAAGGGAGUUAAUUAUCGUAUAUUUCAUUCUAUAUGCUUUUUGUUUGUUUGUUUGCUUUUUUAAAAAAAAAAAAGAAAAAAACUAUUCGCAACUAUUUCUGUGUUUAUUUACACUUACAUAUACUCCAUCAUCAUGCUCCUUAUUGUUUACCCCCCCCCUUCUGCCUCCCUUCUUGCACCUAUACACCUCACCGUCAUUGGCCUUCUAUUGAGUAUUUUAAAUAAUGUAACAUGCCGUGUAUAUUUUGUUUACAGAAAAAGAAAUAAUCGAAAUUCUACAUAAUAUUUAUUGUUUACUUAUUUAUGGAUUGACACUCUUUUGUUGUUUUUUUUUCAUUUAUCUAUUUAUUAGUUUAUUUUGAUUUCUUUUAUCUUAGGGAAAGUUUUCUUUUUUUUUGUAUGUUCUUAUUUGGUUUAUUUGUUGUUGUUGUUGUUUUAAUUAUAACAAUGUUAUUUUCUUUGAAAAUUGUUUACAUUAUGAAAUGUGACAACUGAACAAAUGCAUCAUUCUAGUUAAAUUGUCUACUACUACUACUACUACUGAAGAGGAAUCUUAAGCUAAGACGAAACAUGUGUUCUAUUGAAUACUUCUCAAUUGUCAGUAAUUAUUUUACUAGUUUUAAUCAAUUACCCAUUAUGUUAAUCACUUUUUAAAUUGAACACAAUCAUCAUCAGUAUAAAAUAUUGUUCUAUUUUCAAUUUCACCUUCAUUGAAUCAAUGUAAUAGGAGUGAAUGAUAACAUGCAACAAAUAAUUUGUAUUUUCUUUUCCCAUCUAACUUAUUAUCAUUGUUGAUGAUAGUAUUUUCUCAUUAAUUCAUUAUUUAUUUCUAUUAUUUCCCAUUACUCCUUCCCUCACCCCACCCUCCUUAACUGAUUCCAUUUUUAAAGAUAAAUUAUUUACUGUAUAAUAUUAAAUAAAUCAAUAAUAACACAGGUACCAUUUUCUUUAUUUUAUGGAUUAUUAUUAUUAUCUAUUCUUUUGUUUAUUAAUUUAUUGAUUUCACUGUGCAAAUAUUGAUUUUCAUUGAAUGUUUUAUUUUCAAUCUAUGUAUUAUGUAAUUUUAUUUUGUCUUAAAUUAUCAAUUAGAGUUAUUGUACAAAAACAUAAUAUAAGUUGGAAAGAUAAAAUGUGAAUGAUUGAAAUGCUUACUUUCCACCCCACCCCCCUCCUACCAUCACCAGCCCUCUUCCCUCACAAAUCUACUUAUUAACAUGAAUAACUGUAUGUAUAAAUGUUUAAUAACUUGAAAGCAUUAAAUAUAUAUAUGUAUUUGUAUAUCUGUACACAUAGGUGAUAUGAAUUUCUUUCUUUAUGUUAACACCCUAUUGUUGUCUGUUCGAUUUCUUUAUUUACCGGUUUGCUUACUGUAACUGUUAGAUAUUUCAGAAAUUUGAAGCUUUCAUUUUACCUACUUAUAUAUAUAAUCUUUCCCUAUCAAUAUGUUUCAAUUAAGUUCAAAAUCUAAUAGAGAUAUACAAUUUAUCGUUGUUUGUGUUUUGUUCUCUGGGGUUUGAUCAUGUUGUCCAGAAUGAAAUUGAAAGCUAUAGAAUUAAAUUAAUAAGAUUCGAUAAUACAACACAAUUAAAAGGAAUCAUUUCAGUUACAUAACUUCUACAUUAUUUCAAGGCAUUUUUAUGUAUGAUAUUUUGUGCUUAAAUACCAUCAUUAUAGCAGCUUACAAUGUUAUUCUUGAUAUUUGGAAUUAUAAAACUGGAGGGAUAGUCUACAUAAUGAUUGCAUAAUAAAUAUUUUAAAAAUUAACACAUUCCAAGUUUGAGUGCUGGAGCGAACAUCGACUCUGGAAUUCAAAUACAUCUGGCUGAUGAGUCCCAAAUAGGACAAAACGCGCGUUUUGGAUUUCACUAUUAGCCACUAUGCAUCUCUGCUCAUAGUAUUCAUGACUUAAUGGGGAUAUCGUGUCGUAAACAUAUGUGUUCAAUUUUGGCUAGUGUCGUGUUUUCUAAAACGUUCGUGACAUGGUUUUCGAUGAAAUAUGAACCGUGUUGUUUUCUUAAUAAUGAUCUUUGCUGUACAACAUGUCUUAUUGAUGACUGAUUUAAGCCAUUGUUUCAAUAAAAAGUCAAUUUGAAUCACCUUUAAAUGUCUCUUUUAGAUCUACAUCUUGAAGUGGUUCGUUUGACACACAUCAAUAAAGAAUAUUUGGAACUGAUAAGUUAAGUAAUCCUCUGGUGAACGAGGUCCGUUUCAUUUUAUUUCACAAUCAGGAUUUAAUGGUUAACUUUAACAUGUCUUGCUGGUUUGAAUCCCGCAAUCGAUACUACAUCAUACCUUCCUGAUAAAUCUAGUCAACAAGAAAGCAAGAACCACAUUUUCCUAUAGUUUGUUUACAGUUGUCUAACAAAGUGGUGACCUAAAUUUGUGUCGCAGAGUUUGACUACUUAUGAGUAGUUAAACAACAUUCUACGAAACAUUACAUGUCAAAGUUAAUUUUGAAAUGAUCACACAGACUGAACUUACUUAUCAAAGAUAAUUUUGAUUUGAUUUAUAACCCUGAAGAAGUUCAGAAAAGUUUACUGAACGAAACGUUGGAAUUAUUUAAAUUUCAAUCUCUGAGAUUAUUUCAAAUAUAAUUUUCACGUAUGAUGACUUUUCUAUACUUAGCGCUUAGUUUUUGUCAAACUAUUCGUUCUAAUAUUGA